CCCCAAUCCGUAAUCCGUAUGCCCGUUGAGUAUUCAUGCGCCCCCAGCCCCAGUCCGUUUAAAAUUGACCUUGAUAUGAGUCCACGCAUCCCCGGUGCGCAUCCAGACCCAAGAAAGUUGCGGAAGGAUAUUUCGCCAAUUAGCUCAGAAAAGGACAACAGAGCGCUUGGCUUAACUUACCGCCCAAAGCACCGCCAGCAGCGUGAACCGGCGACUUUAUAUACAAGGUAAAGCAUCUAUUUGUGUCCAGCGCGCGUCUUCUCGAGGUUUCUAGGCCUGCCUGGGAACUACCUUCGUAGUUUCCCAGCGUCUAGUAGUAUUAAGGUAAAACAUCCUGUACGGUGCACAGUUUUGAAAGCUGUUGAAGCCGUGACCCAACUUGUAAGGUGAUAACUACCCAAAGAAUUAGUGAAGCGUAUUAACUACCGUGUCGAUGUUAUUAUAUAUACGCACAAUUGCUUCGGUCGAUAACUAUCAAGACGACAUUGCUUGUGGAAAAUAUAGAGAGAGACCUGAGAAGGGAUAACGGAACCGCAUAGGGCGGGUAUCCAGCAAUUGUCUUGCGGGAUAGUUUAUCUGACAGCGUUAGGCGGGUACUGUACUGGUACCUCAUUCACAGGGGAGAAGCUUGGUGCGGUCGAGGCCUGAUCAGGGCGGGCUUGGCGCCCCUGAGCCCAACCAACUUCUUUUUCUCGCCCAAACCAACGACCAACGGCGGACGGGAACCUCAUCUUGAACCUGACAUUGAGCAGGAACAUGCUGUUUCUUCCUCUUCGUCUCUGACUUUGGCAAACAGCACCGGACUCGCCGUGCAUCUACUUGUCGGGAGCCCUUCAACCAGGCGAGUUCUCAUGAUUGCGUGACGAGGGCCCCUUUCAUGCCCUCUCUUGUCUGUUGGGUUCCCUGUUGGCCGCGUUGCCGUUACUUGAUGGUCCUUUUGCUCACCCAACCUGCCCGUCCCCAAGACGAUUUGCUUUCAUUCGCUUUGCACUCCCUUUACCCUUCGACAGCCGCGACUCCUGUCGACUUGACCGCUUGGUAGCAUCCAAUGGUCUUGCUAUUGGCAUUUACUCGUGAUUUCGUCGACUUUUCCUGACGACCGGUUUUGGUGGCUCAGGAACGCGCCUGGUCAGUGAACCUUGGUUGGACCCUCCAAAAAAAGUUGGAGCCGCAAAUCCAGGAACCAGCACGACCCAUUUUGCCGGUAUUAUUCGCCUUUUGCUCUCGUUCCCACAACGGCACCCAUUUUCAUUCGCACGUGCACCUUCCGCACGAUUCGCCCCUAACGAAACCGACUCGUUGUCUUUUGCCCGGCGCACCACGUUUUUCGACGACUACUGGUUGCCAUUAUCAUUUUAAUUCCGACCUGACGUCUCCCUUGUCAUCGUUUUCUCCCCAUCUCGGACUCUCACUUUCCCUAGAUACCUUUACGUUGAGACGCUCUCUCUUCCUACCCCAUUAUGGCAUUCCUAUUCAAGUCGAAGAAAAGCCAGGCCGCAAACAAUAACUUGCCUCCAGCCACCAGAAAUAUUCAUACCGCCGAAGGAACGCCCCAAGGUUCCUCAGCAGCGCCGCCCAAUGGUGUUCGGGAUGGUGGACCGGUGCAGUCUCCAGGUUUUGGGAGUGCGAGCAACUCCUUGAACUCUAUGAGCGGCACGGUUAGUCCAGAUCAAUCUAGGACACGCAGAGAUAGAGCAGACUCAGAGCCCCAGGGUCCACGAACACAGAUCCCAAACGGAGACAACACACCUUCACCGGUUCCAAAUCCCGCCCUGUUUCCAUGGUCGCAGCGGCGAAUAAACUUCCCUCAAAAUUCCCGACCUUUUCCACGAUAUGGCGCCGCAGUUAAUGGCGUAGCUUCGAAAGAGGGUGAUAUUUACAUGAUGGGUGGCUUGGUGGGAAGUGCAACUGCCAAAGGGGAUUUAUGGAUGGUGGAAAAUAAUGGAGGGAACUUGUCCUGCUUCCCUAUCAACCCUGUGACUGAAGGGCCUGGUCCUAGAGUUGGACAUGCAAGUUUGUUAGUUGGAAACGCAUUUAUUGUGUUUGGAGGAGAUACAAAAACGGAGGAGAAUCAUUCAUUGGACGAUACAUUAUAUUUAUUAAAUACUUCAUCUCGACAAUGGUCUCGUGCUGUCCCUCCCGGACCCCGACCUGCAGGCAGAUAUGGCCAUACGUUGAAUAUAUUAGGCUCAAAGAUCUAUGUUUUCGGUGGCCAGGUGGAAGGCUUUUUCUUCAAUGACCUAGUUGCCUUCGACCUCAAUGCUCUCCAAAAUCCGUCGAAUAAAUGGGAAUUUUUAAUCCGCAAUAGCCAUGAUGGUGGGCCACCCCCGGGCAAAAUUCCACCAGCUCGAACGAACCACUCCGUCGUCAGUUUCAAUGAUAAACUUUACCUAUUUGGUGGAACGAAUGGGAUCGAAUGGUUUAAUGACGUCUGGUGCUACGACCCUAGAACGAACCUAUGGACACAACUAGAUUAUGUUGGUUUCGUUCCAGCGGCGAGAGAAGGACAUGCUGCGGCCUUAAUUAAUGAUGUUAUGUAUAUCUUUUCCGGACGCACUGAAGAAGGCGCAGAUUUGGCAGAUUUAGCCGCAUUCCGCAUCACAACUAGACGAUGGUUUUCUUUCCAAAACAUGGGCCCGUCGCCUUCCCCCCGCUCUGGUCAUAGCAUGACCGUGUUCGGGAAACAGAUCAUAGUGCUUGGGGGAGAACCGAGCACAAAGAGUCGCGAUCUCGAAGAGCUCAGCCUCGUGUAUAUUUUGGACACUGCCAAAAUUCGAUAUCCUACAGAACCUAGUCCCACUUCUCCCACCGGCAGCGGCCCCCGCAAACUAGGUCAGGCAGAUCGACAAGUUACAUCCGGCCGUACAUCACGCGAAGCACAAAAUUCAACUCCAGACUUGCACGGCCGCCGUGGGCCACCAUCAGGUCACGAAAGCGCUUCCUCCGGUAGGCCUGAUGCGUCGAGUCCGGCCCCUGGUGGCCCAGGGUCUCGUUUACCCCGGGCAUCUAUCGCCCAAGCUCCAGCAGGACCACCCCCUCCCGGACAAGCACCAACUCCAACACCUAGGCACCCUAAUGCUGGUGGUAACGGUGGACGAAGCAAACCACCGAAAGGAGGGGAAAGAGGAAUGACGCCUGUUGACAAUCUAAGAGCUGUCGGGAAUGAUCGGGACAGGCAGUCACCUGCGAUGCGUGAUAUUAUGACAAAUGCUCGGCCAGGACGCGAGCAGAGCCCUGUUUCUGGUGGACGCCAGCAAUCCUCGCGGCUUUCUGCUAGAGCUAUGGAAGCUGGAGAAGCCGCCCCACUUGUGACACCCGCGAGACAACGCUCCUUACGACAACGACAUCAUAAUUCUAUUGAUAGUGUAGAUGACUCCAUACUGGGCAAGGGUCCCGGCAGCGUCGAUGGGUCUGAGCCAAGAACCUAUAGAAAUUCUAGAAACCUUACCGACGAGCCUCGCUCCCCGCGGCUAACGCCGCAUCAAGAAGCUCUUAUUAAAGACCUCGAAGCAGCAAAGGCUAAGAAUGCUUGGUAUGCUUCAGAAUUAGCAAUGGCCCGCAAAGCAGGUUAUACUCUCAACCCAUCAAAUCCUCCUCCUCUCGACCAGCGAUCGAUAGAGACUUUCAACGAGGAAGAUCGUCCUUUGAUUGAGGCUUUCCUUUCCAUGCGAGCGGAAUUGGCGAAGAUGCAAGCCGCUGUUGAUCGCCAGGCCGCGAUUGCAUCCAAACGGGUGGCAGAGGUAGAGCAUCAGCGGGAUGCAGCCAUUAACGAGGCCGCCUACGCGCAAGCUAAACUCGCAGCGCAAGGAGGUAGCCAAAGAGGGACACCACAAUCGGAUCGUAAUGGUCGUGACAUGGAUGAGAUAAAUCCCGAUCGGUCAGCUGAAAUAAGCCGACGACUGGCUCAUGCCCUUGCAUCUCAGGCGGAAAUGAAGGCCAAGGCUGAAGCGUUAAUGUCCGAACUUCAAGAGGAGAAGAGGGCAAGAGAGCUGGCCGAAGAACUUCAUGAGGCUAUGAGCAAAAGAUUGUCUGAAAUGGAAUCACAAACUAACAACCUGGAAUUGGAAAGUCUUCGAACUGAGCUCCAUCACCUGCAGUCUGCAUUCAGGGAAGAGGUAGCACUCCGAUCCGAGGCCGAGAGCGCUCUUAAGCUAGCUCAGAUUGAUAAAAACGAACUAACUCAAAAAGUUGAGAAUCUCAAUGACCGCCUGGAAAACCAUGGCACUGAUGUUGGAUCUCUUCGUGAAGCGGUCAAUGCUUCGUCCGCUAAAGCUGAACUUUUGGAAAGACAGCUGGACGAGGAACGUGAUCACCGUGAAGGCUUAGAGAGGAAGCUCCUGCAACUCAGAGCAGAACAUGAGGAGAGGACGACUGAGCUCGAGAAUACAACGCGCCGAUUGCGAGAUGCCGAAGAAUUGGCAGAAACGCAUGCUAGGGAGGCAGAAAGCCACAGAGCAGCCUUCUUGGCCGGUUUGGAUCGUGCUUCUUCGCGCGAUGCCGAAUCUGCGGCAAAGGCACUUUCUGAGCAAAGAGUUGCGGCACUGAAGGAGCAAGUUGACCGGGCGAAUCAGAUGGUCAAAACUAACCACCAAGCAGCGAAUGAAGCUUCCGAGAAACUUCGACGAGCCGAGGAACGUAUUGCUGGAUUGGAGCAGUAUCAGGAACAGGCUAGUCGGGAAGGUCUGCAACUCCGCAGACAACUCCAGGCUGCUUUGAAAGAGAACCAAGCGCUUAGUAAUGAGAACCGGGAAGUCAAGUCACAACUCGAAAGCCAUCAACGCGACGCGAGCGCUUUGGCCAUACAACAUGGCGCGCUGAAGGAGCUGCUUGUUGAGCGUGGCAUAACCGCGGACAGUAGGCGAUCCCCAUUGUUGGAUUCGCCAGGCUCUCGUUUCGGAACUCCCGAGCACAACCGCCUCCGCGAGCUAGAGCAACAACUUCAAUCAAGCAUAAAAGCACAUGAAGAAACCAAGAUAUCAUUCGAAUCGAGGGAACAAGAAGCCGAUCGUGCGUACAAUGAGAAGCUUGAGCAACUCGAGAACGACUACCAAUCUGCCGUUCACUACGUGAAAGGAACAGAGAAAAUGCUGAAGCGAAUGAAGGACGAGCUUGCGAAAUACAAAACGCAAAAUUCCAAGUUACAGGCUGAUUUGGAAACUGCACUUCAGAAAGCUAGUUCCAGAUCCUCCCCAUCUCACGAAGCGUCGGCUCAAUGGGAGGCCGAGCGGUCGAAUAUGCAACAUAUUAUGUCUGACCUUCAGGAAAAGACUUCAUCUUCAAUUGCUGAUCUAAAAACCCAGCUUGCAAAACUUCGAGAGGACCUCACAGCUGCACAAGCGGAAAGAGACCAGAGCCAAACGGAGCAAGAAAACAUAAAGCGUGAAUUAUUGAACAUCACAGAAAAGAGCCGUGAGGACCUGGAGCAACUUAAGAACGAAAAUGCCCUGCUUGAAAGCCGAGCGCUAGAUGCCGAACAAAAGGUCACAAUGCUCCUUGACCAAGUUGAAUCAUCAGUGACGAAUUACCGUCGACAAUCCCAACAAGUACUUUCCCAUUCCAACGGCUUGAGCCGUACAGUCAGCAACGCGUCCAGCAAUACGAUCGGUGGCCGACUAAGGGCUGACAGCAAUGUUUCUCAAGAUGACUCUUUCCUCGAGCACCGCGGUUCUUUCGCUCUGGAUUCCCUUGCUAGUGAACUAGACGCUCUCCGAAGCCACUGGGAAAGCACAAACCGAAACUACCGUUUAAGCACCCAGUUUGACUUCGACCGUACACCCACCAAGGAAACGUAUGGCGAGAGUGGCUUGAGUGAUAACCUGGCAAGUUGGCGGAAACGGUUGGAUGAAGAGGAACGGUCGUCAACUCCCGUUAAGCCCCCGAUGCCAGCCGCCUUGGCUACUACUGAUACUACUACGCCUACACAACCGACGAAAGAUAAUAUGAUUUGACGUCUUUAAAUAGCACAUGCGCACGCGAUGCAAAUGUCACUUUUAACGUGGGUCUAUAAUGGGUGUACAAGCCUGGGUGCUUCUUUUGCUAGUUGUUUAAGAAGACACGGUGUGUCUACAGAAAGAGGGAUCACGGACCUUGAUGGUCUCCACUCUUUGAUAUAUGUCUCCGCCUCCUUUUUUCAUUUUUCCCCCUUUUCCUGGUGUCAAACAAUUUUUCUUAUGCAUUUGCUCUUCCUUGUUUUUUGUGUGCUUGACUAUAUUUCAAUCUCAUGUUUUGCUCUUUUUUUAUCUCUAUUUCCUUUUUCUUAUUUUUUUCUGUUUCCCAACCUUCUUCAGCCAUUCCCUCCCUCUAUUAGUCGAAUAAUAUUCUAUUAUCCUAUACUCUAGUUUAUUAUUCCUAUAUUCUGCCCUUCAUUAUCCUUCACUUGAUUUGACUUUAUUUUAUUUUUAUUUUCAUUCCUUUUCUUGCGUGUUUUUCCUCGGCUACCGCGCCAUCUGAUACUCCUGGCUCUUAAACUUUGGUCUUGUUCUGCUUGUUUUUCUCCUCUUCUACGAUGCUGUUUUCUCUCUUUCCCUUCCCAAGCUCCAUUUUUUUUUUCAUUACGUUAUAUCCCUUAACUUAUCUUCUGGGCGGAUAGAGGGAAUGUCUUAGGGUAUAUAUAUUAUACAUAUACUUUUUUUUACUCGAUUUUGAAAAUCGGUCGUCAUUGUUCCCCUCAAAUUUUUGCACCUGGUCAUUCUAUAUGGUCAUUGAUUUGGGAGUGUGCUCCCUUUCACUCGCUUCAACAUCUUUCGCUCCAUUUCUAUUGGCGCAGAGCUUAGUGCCCAUUCUCUCUAGUCUUGGGUUCUUGAAUAUCUUUUCUGCCCUUUUUCUUUUUUUCUUUUUGCGUCGUGCUUUCUGGCUCAUAUGGCUCAUGCUAUUUUCCCUGUCUUGUCCUUUUAUUUCUUCCCUUUUGACUUUUUCAUCGCGCUCUACUAUUUGCUCUGAUAUCCCUCGCUAGUUUAUUUUUGUUCAAGAUAACAGUUUCUCUUUUCUCCUUCCACAUUCAUAUACAUUCAUAUGCCAUAUAUGUGUAUAACUACUUAUUUGGUGACUCAUGACCUCACUAUUUUGAUUUCGCUUUUUGGUUUGAAUACAUGAACGACACAUUUUUGGGUCUCCUUUAUAACAUUUUCGCUGUGUAUAAAUAACCAUGUUUGGAAAAUGCAGAGAUGUCUUGAGCAGCUAAUAUUGACUCGGGGUUCCUUCCGUAUAGUACAAUUGUCGAGUGUGUACUAAUUAAGGGAGAAGGAACUGGAGGAAUGAGUUAAAUAAGUAAUAGCAAGCUGUUUCAUAAUUCAUGCAUCGUAAUCGCGGUACCGUAGCAGAUAAUAUCAUGGUCCUUCAAGACCCUAUGCAUCCGCUCAAUUUGUUUCUUGAAUCGCCCUAUAUCUAUCGACGGAUCCCUUG